UAUCUUUAAAUAAAGGUGGCCCAAAUUACCGAACAAAAAACACUAUUCACGGCCACACCUGUUUAAAAUAAUCGACACGCGAUUUACAAAAAAAUAAACAGUUCGUCUCGCACCUUUCAAAUUACCUGAGAAAAUGGGUCAUCAGUGCAUUGCGACCUCAAUAAACGAAUUUACAAAUUGAUUCAAAUUUAGCGCCAUUAUUGGCACUGAAACUUCAAAAUCCUCGCUUCUGAUUGGCUCAAUUCGCGUCAUGGCGGGCGAAGAGCACGUGGAAAUUGUGGAAAACGGUGAAAAUCAUCAAAAAACAAAUAAAAGAAAACGCGAACCAUCCGUUUUGGACAAUUUUACGAAAUUGACCAAUGGACUAGAGAAAGUGCGAGUCAAAGCCGGCGUUGAUUUACUCCGGUAUUUAACAAGUGACAAAAACGGGGAACAAGGCGUCGAUGAGUUGAAAUACGCAUUAGGGCGUUUGAUACGUGGUCUUGGGUCGUCGAAAAUUCAAGCAAAAACUGGCUUUUUUUCCGCUUUAGUUGCCUUACUUAACCUCAAAAGUUUCACGAUUGAGGAGAUUUUCACACACGUGGAGAAGGAAUUGCAUAAAGGGGGCAGUAAUAGUAAAAGUGAAAAUGCCGAUAUUUGUUCAGGGCAGAUUUUACUCUGUGGGGCUAUACUUAGGUCAAAUUUAUACGAAAACUGUGACGAAAAGGAGAAAAUUAAGAUUGUGGAAAUGUUACUUAAAGCCGGCAAAGAGAGGUCUUACUUGAAUCUAGCCUCGUGUAAAUUUUUAACUGAUUUAUUUGAAAAAAUUGAGCAAAAAGAAUUCGAGAAUUUAUUUUUUCCACUUGUAAAGAGUGAUUUAGCGAAACCGUGGCAAGAACACUCUUUGGACACUCUUUUUUUGCUUUUACAAAUACAAAAUCAUUUUCCCGGUUCUUUACACUCAAAAUUUUUGAAAAAUAAUUUAGGAACGGAAGAAGUGAUUUGUAGUGAAAGUUUAUACGACUUAGCUUUGACUUUGACGACUAUACCACGCGUAUCGUCCUUGAAACACCCAAUCUUUGACUUGUUUAUCAACAUUUUAUCACACACCGACUUGAUCGUGAAUUUUUUCAACGAAUUAGAUCGCACGUUGAUAAGACAAAAUCGAAAUAAAUUUUUCGUAGCGACGAGACUUCUCACCGGAAUUUUGAACGAAUUGAAUGAUCCUUCUCUAAUUCCCGAACUUUUAACAAGAAAUUACCUCCAACAAUUGAUAAACACUUACAAAACAGCUGUUGGUAAACAAAAAGAUAAAGAAUUCCAAAAUCUGACUCAAAAAUUAUUUGAAACACUCGUGAAUUCGUUGAAAAAAGAUGGCGUCAAAUCAAAGAUAAAAAUCAAGGUUUUGAAGGCACUUUUGUUCUACCCUGGGACUUUUAUUUUUGAAAAAGUCACCAAAAGUAAGCUUGUGCAAAAUAUAACUGCGAGUUUGAACACAGAAGGGGUUAAAAAAUUAGCCGGGAUUUAUCGUGAUGUAAUUUUGGCCACAAAUGAUAAAGUUGUUAAUGACAAUACAAGGGAAAAAUGGUGGAAUGUUGAUAGAAUUUACGCUUCGCAUUUGUUGGUAAAAUUACUAAAUCAUCCUUCUAUGCACGAUAAUAAUGAGUGGAAAGUCGAACAGUUGGUAUUUUUGAUGAAAUUGGGGCUCCUGAAGGACGAUAAUAUCGGUCACGAGUUGGCCGACUCGUUCAAAGAAACCUUCUACUCGUCACUUGAUUUGAAAUUAUCAAAAUUAGACGAUUUGAGGCAAAUUUUGAGUAAAAUUACUCAAGAAUUUGCCACACUUGUCGCGCUCGUUCGUCACCCUUUGAGUGAGGAAAACGGCGAAAUGUGGCAACGCACACUUGACCUAGCCACGAAAUUGGAAAACUCAUCAAAGAAGAAAAAUUCCGUUUUUCAUACCCUUUUUCUUCAUCUAGGACUUCAAUUGUUUAAUAAUAAUAAUACUAAAUUAGCUUCCGAUUCGUUAGAAGAGUUAUUCGUUUGUUACGAUAAAACGAAAAAGAAGAGUGUUGACGAAAAUGAUUUGGUUUGGAUCGAAGUCGUUGUUGAUCUAUUUUUGAAUCUUUUGUCACAUAAUUCGCAUUUGUUACGUAGUGUGAUAAAUUGUGUUUUUCCCCACUUGUGUAAAUAUAUGACUGACAGUGCGAUUCAUCAAAUUUUGAGCGUUUUGGAUCCGAAAAAUGAUUCGAAUCCGUUGACGCGAGUUGAUGAGAGUAGUAGCGAUGAAGAGGAGGAAGUCGAAGAUGAGGAAGAAGAAGAAGAAGAGGAAGAAAGUGAUGAAGAGGAAGAAGAACCAGUCAAUGAUAAGUUACGAAUGGCUUUACAUCAGGCAUUGGGUGCGAAUGUUGAUUCAGAAGCAGAAAGUAUAGAUCUUGAUGAUUUAGAUGAUGAAGAAGGGGAAAAACUAGAUGAAGCUUUGAGUCAAGCAUUUAAACAGUUUAAACCAAAUUUGGGUAAAAGAAAGAAACAGAAGAAAGACGAAGAAGCGUUGACUCACUUCCGGAUUCGCGUUUUGGAUUUGAUCGAGAUUUAUCUAAAUUCGAAUCCUUCAAUGAUCCUAACAUUGGAAAUAAUGUUACCUUUGCUUCAAUGUUUGGAAUUUUGUAUCAGAGACGAUCACCAGAAACCCCUCCAAGACCGGUUGAAAUCCUGUUUGAAGAAAUUAUCCUCGUUGAAGAAAUUUGAAGAUUGUGAGGGCGUAAAUGAAGAAAUUUUGGUCGAUUUGUUGAAAAGUCUCCUCGAGAAAGGGACACGAAACGUGAUUAUUAUCCAAGAAAUGGCUGAAAAAAUUUCCGAGUGUUGCAUUUUCGUUAUAAAUUGUUCAGAAUUGGUCAUAAUGAAGAAAAAGAAGAAAAGUGGGAUUAAAGCCGUGAUUAAGGAUGGCCUCGAGGCGUUUUUCACGCGCCGGGAUUGUGUAAUCCCUUAUGUACUUUUCAAAAAUUUGGUACAAACUAAUUGGGAGGGAGUGUUGGGUUUGGUGUCCCACUUAUUCGGUUUUGUUUUCGCAAAUUCGAUACGGCCGUUCCGCAGGAGUCAAGCCGUGGAACUAUUGAAGAUUUUCUUCAAUAAUCAUCGAUUUUUCACCAUGCAUAGUGAAGAAAGUAAGUCGGUGGAAGGUCACACUAGGAAUUUCCUCCGGGAUUGUGUCGAUUUCUUCCGGGAGUUUUACGCGAAUCCCACGGAGAGGAAAGUAAAAGAGAAGUUUUUGGCCGCGUUGUUCGAGCUUUUGGCACAAUUGAAAGGGAAUUUUUUGGGUCAGGAUUUUGAAAAUUGGGGAGUUUUGGGCGAUUCGGUCAGGGAUUGUCGUUCGAUUUUGACGUUUUCGAAAGAUACAAAAGUCGCGUUCAAUAAAUUGUGUAACAGUUUAAAGAUUUCCAAUGUUGUGGAAAUGAUGAAGCAGAAAACGGUCAAGUUGAAUACGGUCGAAGAGGGUGAAAGUGAAGAAAAGGAGGAAGAAAAGAGGAAGAAGAAGAAGUUGAGUAAGGAUAAGUUGAAGUUGAAGAAGGAGUCGAAGGAGUUGAGGUUGCAGAGUUUGUCGAAAGGGUUGAAGAGGAAGUUUGAGUGGGAGGAAGAUGAAGAAACGAAGAGAGUUAAAAAUUGAUUUUUAAAUAAAUUAUUUCUAAAGAAA